CCCCGCACCACACCCGCGAAACCUCUCCACUCUUCAAAAUGGCAGGCUGGAUCUACCGCGAGAACCGUGUCCCCGCGUACCAGAAGGAGUACCAGAAGCAUGACGGCGUUCGCCUGUGGAUGAAGUCCCGCGGAAGGUGGAUGAUUCCCGCCUACAAGGUCGUCCUCUACACCAGCAUCGGCUCCAGCUUGUACAUGAUGGGCCGCCUUGUUCUCGGUCACAAGACCUGGUUCGGCAAGAACUAAGCUCUGUACACGAAGGAGUGAGCAGUGAAGGGCAGCGUGAGAGGGUAGUUCAUCGGCCACAA